CUGUCCGUUCAGCACCACCGACUGUGUGUGAAGAGCCUUAAAGCGCUGACAGUCGGCGUUUAACGCCAGAAACCGCUCUUCGUUUGGACAGCUACUUGUUUCCGUUUGUGAGUGAUUCUGUUAACGUGACAGGUAGUUAAAUGCGUGUGACGCGUCUGUGAGAAGGACUCCAACAGUUUGUUUUAACAUAUUCACUGACUGUGCGAAGAGAGCGGCACUCGGUUUGUACUGGGACAAGCUUUGGAUUUCCAGGCUAACUACAGCUAAUCUGUGUUGUUUCGGUCUUGUGCUUGUUUUGAGUGAUUUUUAUUAGCGCGACGUCGUGGACCUUUAGGCAUUUUAUUUAAAUAACAAACUAACUAACUUGAAUUUACUCCAGCUUUUAAGAGACAAACGGUCGUAAUGAGAGCUCUUUUUGUGGCACUGCUGCUUUUAUACGCGUCAGGAAGCGGGAAAGUGGCUGGCGCGAGGGGAAACCGCUUCGUGUGCACCGCCGUGCCAGCGGGCACCGACCUCAGUUGCCCGGUGGAAACGACCAACCGGGUCCAAAGCACAAGUCCGCAGGAGGAAGAGCUGCGGGAUACUAUCAUUCAGCUUCGAGAGACCAUCCUGCAGCAGAAGGAAACUAUCGUCAGUCAGCAGGGCACCAUCAAAGAGCUCAACUCCAAACUCGCGCGGUGCGAGGCGGACGCCAAGUCUCGGGGCAGCGCGCGCAGGAAGGAUUACAGUAAAAACACGAUGGGCGAUCUGCCGCGUGACCCCACCGAGACUGUGGAGCAGCUGGGCAAGACCAUGCAGAGCCUCAAAGACCGUCUGGAGAACCUGGAGCAGCAGCUGCGUGCCAACACAUCAGGUGGGAUGUUUCCCAAUGAGCUGAGAGACCUGCUGAAGCACCGUCUGACUGACCUGGAGAGCCAGCUGCUGACCAGAGUGACCGAACUCGAGGAGGAAAAGAGCCACCUGUACAACGAGACGACCGCUCACCGACAGCGCACCGAGAACACCCUCAACUCACUGCUGGAGAGGAUCACCGAGCUGGAGAAAAGUAACAGUGCAUUCAAAUCUCCAGAGGACUUUAAGGUGUCUCUGCCUCUGCGCACCAACUACCUGUAUGGCCGCAUCAAGAAGAGCUUGCCAGAGAUGUAUGCCUUCACCGUGUGUAUGUGGCUCAAGUCCAGUGCCAGUCCUGGAAUCGGAACCCCGUUCUCUUACGGCGUCCCGGGACAAGCCAAUGAGAUUGUGCUGAUAGAGUGGGGAAACAGCCCCAUGGAGCUGCUCGUCAAUGAUAAGGACAUCGUAGGUGGAAGAUUUGAUGCCACUCAAGCCUUCGUAGGAGAGUUAAGCCACUUCAACAUGUGGGACAGAGUCCUGCGUCCUAUAGACAUCUCUGCUAUGGCCAACUGCUCAGCCUACAUGCCUGGCAACGUGGUGCCGUGGGUCGAUGCCAACGUGGAGGUAUUUGGCGGUGCCACAAAAGCAGCACUGGAGAUUUGUGAAGACCGUCUCUUUGAUUCCUAAGGACACGUCUGUCAAUUUGGAAGCAUUCUCGUUGUAGAGGUAACCCACGUCCCAAUACUGCUCUGGGAUACUUACAAUACUUACAAAGAUGGUUCAAAAGAAACACACGUUAAGGAGGAUUAUUUCGUCCUCUAUUCUGCUUUAUUUUUGUUGAGACUUUGCUGUCAGCCUGACCAAUAACUAAAAUGACUGUGAUUAAUUAGAAAAAGAAAAAAAUCAGUCUGCACAUUCAAGGUGAAAAUAGAGUAUUUGUGGCUCUGGCUGAAGCAAAACUUUCUUGUUGAUAUUAUAUGUGCUUUUCUCUGUGCAGAGAAAUAUGUGCAGUGUUAUAUGUGCUUUUCUCCGUCCUUCAAAAACUUCUUCUCUCCACAAACUCAUGGGUAUUUUAAGAACUGCAGUAAAAGAUGGAUUUUUUGCCAUUUACGCUUUGAGCUUUUGUCAUGUUGUGUAUAGGCUGAUUCCCUUCAAACCCCUGAAAAACUUCAACUGCAUAGUUUCAACAUAAGCUUUAUUAAAACUUAAUGAAUGAGCUAGACCGUGACGUCGCACAUAUGGAGAGACAUUCAGACAGAAGUGUCUGAAUGUCGGUGAUCCAGAGAUUAGUGGAGGGAACAUUCGCUUUUUAAAAAUAUUCUUUAAUAUCGCCGUCCCUCAGCAGCUGCCGUCUCCAGCAGAUCAGACAUCCAGAAACCUUAAAGUAGCAAAGCCGCCAAGGACUGACCUGCAGCUCUCUGAAGCUCCCAGGAGAAGGUCUGGCUGCAGUGGUUCACCUCGUCAAGCUAGUUUGAUUUCAUUCAGUUUGUGAAUCCCAAAUAGUGGUGUCUUUGAAACGUUUAUGAAGGAUUUUGACAUGAACAGAUCAUGGCGUUAUGAGAUUAACUGUGAGAGCUCGACCGGGAAAGUGUGCUAUACUUUUUUAAUAAUGUUUCAUUGAAAAAAUUACAAAAAAUAAAAAUGUUCGUUGAGAUUAAACUGAAAUACUGAUAGGCACUAAUGAGGUUGACAGCGUUUGCACUUGUUUAAGCGCAACGUCAGGACGUUUGUUUUAUCUGACAGUUUGAUGCUACAAAUGGGUGAAUCUCACGAAACCAGUCAAGGUCAUAUUUCCCUCCGAAAUCAAAAGGAA